AUGGCAGCAAACAAGCUGGGUGGUGUUGUACGCAGUCCGUUAGUGAGCCUCCACUCGGUAGCCAGAGCCCAGCCAUCCAGCCGUGGCCAGUGGCCUCAGCGUGCGGGGCAGUGUGACCGUUUAUUGGAGCUCGCAUCGCUCAGCCCGCCUCACGAUGCGUGCCCAACCCGCUCCCACGCAUACACUCGCGAUUACGGCAGGCGCCAAGUCGAGAGUCUUAAGUAA